GGCCGCCGAGGCUCCUCUCCGCUCGGGAGUCGCGAUGCCCCUGGGACACAUCAUGCACCUGGAUCUGGAGAAGAUCGCCCUCGAGUACAUCGUGCCCUGCCUGCAAGAUAUCGGCUUCUGCUACCUGGACAAUUUCCUGGGCGAGGUGGUAGGCGACUGCGUUCUGGAGCGCGUGAAGCAACUGCACUGUAACGGGGACCUGCAGGACUGGCAGCUGGCUGGACCCCGCCCCGGGAUCUGCAAGAGGCACUUGCGGGGAGAUCAGAUAACCUGGAUCGGGGGCAACGAGGAAGGCUGCGAAGCCAUCAACUUCCUCCUGUCCCUGAUCGACCGGCUGGUUUUGUACUGUGGAAGCCGCCUGGGCAAAUACUAUGUCAAAGAAAGGUCCAAGGCAAUGGUGACUUGCUAUCCUGGGAAUGGGACCGGUUAUGUUCGACAUGUAGACAAUCCCAGUGGAGACGGACGCUGUAUCACCUGCAUCUACUAUCUGAACAAGAACUGGGAUUCCAAGUUGCAUGGUGGAAUUCUUCGGAUAUUCCCAAAAGGGAAGUCCUUUAUAGCAGAUGUGGUACCUAUUUUUGACAGGCUACUCUUCUUCUGGUCAGAUCGUAGGAACCCACAUGAAGUACAGCCUUCCUAUGCUACAAGAUAUGCUAUGACUGUUUGGUAUUUUGAUGCAGAGGAAAGGGCAGAAGCCAAAAAGAAAUUCAGAAAUUUAACUGGGAAGACAGAAACCUCCCAAAGUGAGGACUGACGUGGAGAUUGGUUGGCACUGUUCUUUUCAGAAACACUGUUUCUGAACUCUCUGCA